UCGUGGAAAUCUCGAAGCAGAUCGUAGUUCGAGCGGUUGAAGGAUUGCCAUCUUUCGCCGCCGCCAAACGUCACAGGAGACGAGCCGGAGCACCCACCUUUGGACCUUGUGGCUACUUUAAGAUUCGCCGGAGAAGACUUGUGGUUGCCAUUUCUUCUAGCUCGGUUGUUGUGAACGCUGCUUAAAACUGAAGCUUGUUCUCCUUUUGACUCUUUAACAUAUAAGCCAGUUAAGGAUUCCAUGACUUCUAUUGUUCAAUCACCUAAUUUGGAGAUCCUUGCUAGAGAACCAGAAGGUUUCUCCAUAUGGAAAGGACCACCAUUCAACAACGGGCAACCGGCAAUCAAACUCGAGAGAGUUUCUUGCACCGUGGCAAGGUUCAGUGAUAAUGGGUCCAGGCUUAUGGUGACCAAAAACAACUCUGUAAUCAGUGUGUACGAUGGCUAUAGCUCCAAUGAGAUAAGGUCCUUUGAGAUACCUUCCCUUCUUGGUGCCGCUUUGUCUCCAUGUGGGACCUACCUCCAAACAUUUCAGAAAUCUACCAACCCUCAGGAUAAAAAUGUUGUGCUCUGGGAAAUACAUAGUGGUGCAUCAGUCUAUCAGCAUUUUCAGAAGAAUAUGACUAAGGCCACAUGGCCGUCCAUUCAGUUCAGCUCUGAUGAAUCUGUUGCCUGCCGGCUGGCAACAAAUGAGAUACAGUUCUUCGACUCAAAGGACUUCUCAAAAGGAUUUAUUUAUAAGUUAAGACUGCCAGGUGUUGCGGCAAUUGAGUUGUCAAAGGCUCCUGGCUCUUAUAUUGCAGCAUUUUUGCCUGAAUCAAAGGGUAUUCCUGCCAGCAUUCAGAUCUUCUCAUCUAAUAAGGAUGCUCAAACUCAGCCCAUUGCUAGACGAAGUUUCUUUCGAUGUUCAACUGUGACAAUGCAUUGGAACAAGCUAUCUUCUGGACUUCUAGUAGUUGCUCAAUCAGAUGUUGAUAAAACCAAUCAAAGUUACUAUGGUGAAUCUAAAUUGAACUAUCUAACUACUGAUGGGAGCCACGAAGGACUUGUUUCUCUAAGAAAAGAAGGGCCUGUGCAUGAUGUUCAAUGGUCUUACUCUGGAUUGGAGUUUGCUGUUGUUUAUGGAUUCAUGCCUGCAAAAGCAACAAUAUUUGACAAGAAAGGCAAUCCAUCACUGGAGCUUGGGCAAGGCCCUUACAAUACAGUCAGAUUCAACCCCAAAGGAAGAGUUGUAUGUUUGGCCGGCUUUGGCAAUCUACCUGGUGACAUGGCAUUUUGGGAUUAUAAGGAAAAGAAAUUGCUUGGAACAACAAAAGCAGAAUGUUCAGUGACUAGUGAAUGGUCACCUGAUGGACGGUAUUUCAUGACUGCCACUACAGCACCAAGGCUGCAAAUAGACAAUGGGAUAAAAAUCUUCCACCAUGAUGGAUCGCUUUAUUUUAAGAAGAUGUUCAAUAAGUUGUAUCAGGCUGACUGGAAACCAGAAACACCUGAAAGCUUCAGUGAUAUUGAUGAACUUGUGACGUCUGUCAACACUAUUAAGAUUGGUGACAAUGAAAAGAAAGCUCAGGGUUCAAAAUCUACAGAGACAAGUAAGAUCCCAGCUAGCAUUGCUCAAAAGCCUGCUGCAUACCGUCCACCCCAUGCUAAAAAUGCUGAUUCAGUUAAGGCUGAGCUGUUUGGAGGAAUUGCUCCGGCAACAGAAAUAAGCAAAAAUGCAUUGAGAAACAAGAAACGCAGGGAGAAGCAGAAAGAGAAAAAGGCUGCUGAAUCUGGUAGUAAUGCGUCGGCAAGUGAGAGCUAGAUUUAGUUGUCGUUGCUACAAAACUUGGUUCUGAAUAGCAGUGAGAAAUCAUUGAUUUUGCAAAUGCAGUUCGAUUAUUUUAAAUUUUGUAGUUUCCUCAAAGGCCUGCGGAUGGCUGAGAUGUGGUAUUUAUAUAAUGUAGUGCUGCAAAUCUCUCAACAUUUUCACCUUAAUAAAGAUUUUUUUUCCGCAUA